AUGGCAGAAGAGAUGCAGCCAGCGGCGCCCAAUCCCGCAGACACCUUCACAUCACAACCACCGGCUGUCGCUAGACAUGAUCACGAGUCGCGCAUAGCUCAACCUUCGACAUUCCUCCUUCCAAGAGUGAUGGUCGCCGAGAUGCAACAAGAAAAGCCGCUGGAGGAAACGCCGCAGGAAAAGCCGAUGAGUGCGCUCGACAAGGAGCAGCAAAAGGGUCUGAAAUCGAUUCGAGAUUUCCUCAAGCGCCGUACAAGUUACGAUGUUCUGCCUCUUUCCUUUCGACUUAUCAUUCUGAAUACCGAUUUACUCGUCAAGAAGAGCUUGACGAUUCUCCUACAAAAUGGUAUCGUUUCAGCCCCGCUGUGGGAUUCGCACACCUCAACUUUUGCUGGUCUUCUUACGACUUCGGACUAUAUAAAUGUCAUUCAAUACUAUUGGCAGAAUCCAGAAGCACUCAAUCAGAUAGAUCAAUUCAAGUUGAGUAGCUUAAGAGAUAUUGAAAAGGCAAUUGGCGUACUACCUUUGGAGACAGUAUCAGUACAUCCCGCACGACCUCUUUAUGACGCCUGUCGACAAAUGUUACAAACCCGCGCCCGCCGUAUUCCACUGGUUGAUGUCGAUGACGAAACCGGAAAAGAGAUGGUGGUUAGUGUGAUUACACAAUACCGCAUUCUAAAAUUUAUUAGUGUCAAUGUCGAUGAGACGGAAUUCCUGAAGAAAAGCGUUUCGGAACUCAAGCUGGGAACAUAUGGCGACUUACAAACCGCAAGUAUGGACACCCCGGUGAUCGACGUCAUACACAUGAUGGUCAAACACAGCAUUUCGAGUGUUCCCAUUGUUGAUAAAGAUUCACGGGUCCUUAAUCUUUUCGAGGCUGUUGAUGUAAUCACAAUCAUCAAAGGUGGAGUGUAUGAUGGGUUGACGUUGACUGUGGGAGAGGCGUUGGCAAACAGAGCAGAAGAUUUUGCAGGGAUCUAUACAUGCAGCGAGGAAGACAGACUAAAUUCGAUCUUUGACACGAUUCGAAAAUCUAGAGUGCAUCGAUUGGUGGUUAUAGAUGAAGAGCAGCAUUUGAAGGGAGUGAUCUCUUUAUCCGAUAUUCUGCAGUAUGUACUCCUACAUGGAGAAGACGAUGAUUGA